AUGAAUCAGGCACUAGAUUACAAGAACAAGCCCAUCCACCUCGUCAUACAGCAACAUUCGAAAGCAUUCAUAGAUCAGGUCUUGUUACAUGAAGUGUCAUUGAAAUCGAGCAAGAACACGCCCACGCUGUCAGUUGGCCUCGACAAGGUAAAGGUGCCGAAAGCCUGCCGCGACGCGGUCGUGGCCCUCGUUCACCAAGUCCAUGUGUACCAAAAGACUUCAAAGGUGUUGAUGUCACUCUCACCAUCACAGGCCAUCAACGACGAUAUCGAAUUCUACGUGGCAAUCUCGGUAUAUCUCAUCAAUGUGCUUGCGGCUUUCUGUGAAGAAAUCAAGAAUGAUGCACCACGCGCGCGUGACAGGUGGUGGUCAACUCGCCUUGAUUAUCAUUUCACCAUGGCAUUCAACGAGAACUCAUUGACCGAGAAGCAGCAGGCCAAUGCACUGGAGUCGCUGGAGCUCUCUUGGAAUGACUUUAUUGAGAAAAAGGAGAGAUGUCUCCCGGUGAAACACCUGGAUAGCGCAACAAUCCACGACACAUUCUGUAAGAACGGAAGCAACAUGUGCGGCGGUUCGACUGCCCAUUUGUUGUCGAUUGAGGAAAUGAUUGCUCAGGCAACAGCGGAGCACUACACCGACCGUGCCGCGGAGAUCACAGAAAAUCAGCAAGUGGAAAUUACACAGCUCGAAGGUGCCAUUGACAUGGAUGAAGUAAAUACUGGCGAAUGUUCUACAAUGCGCGAUAUCUACGGCGAAGGACCUGAUCCAUUAAAUGAGCAUGGGGACAUUAUCGGAAUGGACUUUAAUACCAGAAUUGCUUUUGUGACGGAGAGCGAGGAUAAUCAUGAUGUCGACAUAUUAGAACCCCAUUACAUGGUCAAUGACGCCAUCGCGCAGCCGCACACACCUUCGAUGCACAUCAAUGACCAGCACGCGUCGAGCGGACAGGGAUCCAGCAACUUCGACAAUGCCAUAUCGGUGGCCCUACAAGUUACCCCACAACGAGACACCGUGACUGACAACGUUCUUUCGCCUGGUAUAUAUGACUCCGAUUGUUCAAAACGAUGGAGAAAUGUAAAUGAUCAGGAUGAAUGGCUUCAUAUAUCCCAGAUGGGGACGUCUCGUGUCUUUCUAAAGCUUGCCACCUGGAUGCACCAUCGCUCUCGUCAGCUCGCCAGUAUACCCAUGGACAGGGACGUAGUUGGAUCUGUGGUUUCAGAUACGUUUGGUGUCUAUGGCGACAAAAACUUCUAUGAAGCUCUUGGCAUUAAAUGUCUAUUGUCCUCGCUUAUGAAUAUGGACACAGAUCCAGGCAACCUUGCCCAUGUCUUCCAUGCGAUAGGGAAGUCCUGCCAUCAACGUGACGUGGGAAGUACAAACCCUCGCACAUCGUCCUCAUAUCAACCAACUGCACCUCUCAGGAUGAUACGGAACGAGGAUGUUGAUCGGUUCAUGACAUCAGAUCACGAUGGUCGUGUGGAUGCCGAAGGCAUACAUAACGCUAGCCAGGGCGAAGUUACACAUAUACGUGAUACGGUGGAGAACUCUCAAGAGUGUGCUUCGGUGGAUGGCGGACACGGUGAAGCGACGAUCAAGCGUAAGCGGACGCUAUGGAGUAGUCAACCUCUAUCAAAGGAUGGUGACCGAGGGACUGAAAAACGUCCUAAACUUGAUAUUCAUCUGAUGCCCGUGCGGGAUAUACCGCAGGUUAUCACCUCCGCCUCACCGCCAGCAGCGAACAACAUUUCGCUAGCUCUCGAUAACCAUUGCGCACUCAGCAAAGACAUCCCAGUGGAUAGCACAGCAUUUUCAGGUUCAAUUAUCCAUGAAAAUAAUCUUGAUAACGAAUGUAGUGCUUCCUCUGACCCCAGUAAUACUAGGUCGAUUGUCACAGAUCCUGUUGAAGAUAUGGAUACGAUGACGGGGGUUUCCCCAGCGUAUGGAACACCGUCCGAGGUCACCGGAGAUUCCUUUAAUCGCGAUCGUGAAGACGCUAAUGGGUCAGAGGAUGAUCGUGAAACAGGUGGUUCUAGCGUCGAGGUCACAGCUGCGGACACACAAGGAAGCGUCAGCAACAAUGUUACCAGCGUCAGUACUUCCGUUGCCAAUACAAUGUUUGUCACACCAUCGUGGAUGGAUUCUCCGUGGACAGACCUAUCCGGAGAGCAUGUACCUCCGGCGAUCCCCGCAUGGAUCAAUGCCCUUCAAAUGGUGGAUAGGUCGCCUUCUCGCAUCCGGGUACCACCUGGAGUUGGUACAGGAUUUCGGUGGCCCGAUCCCGCUCUUUUUACUCACACAGAGAGCAACACGCAACUGGCUAGGUACCUACUGCAUUAUUUAAGCUGUCGGUCUUGGUUGGGGCUCGUAAAUCGUAGGGCACUCUUCCGUUCUAUAUACUGGAAGGAGUUCCUGGAAGGCUUGUCGGUGGAGAAGCGGUUGAAGAGAUCGCCCCCGAAUUCCAUGAUCUAUUCCAUAUUGAACCGUGGGCAUGGUAUAGAUGAAGGAGAGGCGAGAGUGAUACGCGAGCAAGCUUUGGAUGCGUUCGAGGCCGACGCACAGGAAACCAAGGAUGUGUUUAAGUGGGUGGAUGUCCAGUUUAAUUGCCGCGUGGCUUUGACCUUCGAGUUCCGUGGGCUCGCGUUUCGACUGAAAGACCUACUCAACUUUCCCCCGUUCAUCAUAUCUCACAUCAUAUGGGAACUGUGCGAAAACAACUUCGCCGAUGAUGUGUUGUGGCUGGAUGCAUUGUUUAGGCGGGGUCGUGAUUCUACCGACACCUAUGGUCCAGAACGCAGCAUGGAAGUUUACAGCCUCUGUGGUAAGCAGGAGUCUAACACUCCAAUGCCGCUGGUUCGAAGUUCCUUUGGGUCACAAAGAUGGAGAAAGCGGGUGACGCAUGUGGAAGCUUUCCGGCAGCUCAUGUCGACAUGGCCUCAGUUCCCUGACCACCUCAAGACGCCAGUUCCAACUGAAAAUGAAUACUCGUUCCAGGCAACAGAGGUCAACGUCAUCGCCUUUUAUGCGCAAACUCACUUCGACUACAUCGGUCGCCUGCCUGUCAUGCCUCGUCACGUGCCAGAUAUUGGUCCGAAGUGGCUGUAUAAUGUGUUCCGCAAAAAUCUAUGA